GCUCCCUGCGCGCUUCGCGGGUGCGCUCUGUGCAUGCAUCCAUUGGGACUACAGCUCCCGGCGUGGCUUACGGGGAGGCGGAAGCGGCGCGAUGGCGGCAGGUCGGUAACCGCUACCGCCGCCGCCAUGACGCUGAUCGAGGGCGUUGGCGACGAGGUGACCGUGCUCUUCGCGUUGUUGCUGGUCGCCGUGGUGCUGGGGCUGGCCUGGGCCUCCACCCGCGCCCCCGAGCCCGCCGCCCCGCCCCGCGCUGCCGCGCCACUGCCCGAGGAGGGACCGAGCGCUGCCCCAACCCCCGUGGAGCACAAGGCCCCGCCGGCGGCGACAGCGGCUGCAGCGGCUCCCGAUGGGCCGGGCGGGCUGGCGGCGGGGCUGCGGCCCCGGGCCAGCCCCACGCCUGCGCAGGGCUCCCUCAGUGAGGGAGACGGCGACCCUGCCGAGCCCACCAUGGUGCUGCGGCUGAAGUUCCUCAACGACACGGAGCGCCUGGCCCGGGUGCGCCCCGGCGACACAGUUGGGUCCCUGAAGAGGGCCUAUUUCCCCGGGCAGGAGCAGCAAGUGCGGCUGAUCUACCAGGGGCAGUUGCUGCGCGAUGACAGUCAGAGCCUGGCCUCCCUGCACCUUGCCCACAACAGCGUCCUGCACUGCCACAUCUCCCAGCACAGCCCGGCUCCCGCGCCUGCCGGCCCCCAUGCGUCCGCCGACCCCGUGCACGCUGCCCUCAACGUGGGCAGCCUCAUGCUGCCGCUCUUCGUGCUGAUGCUGGCCGUGCUCUGGUACUUCCAGCUCCAGUACCGCCAUGUCUUCACCGCCACCGCCACCACCUUCUUAGCCGGCCUCACCCUCCUCUUCAGCUUCAUGGCCUUCACCAUGUACCGCAGAUAGCACAGCUCUGCGCCCUGGAAGAGCUGCCGUGCCCCAGAGUACGCAUGGUGCCAGGAGGCGGCUGCCUGCACUCCUGAACUGGGGGGCU